UACCUAGAGCACCACGUCCUCAUCCCGGGCCUCAUCAACUGCCACACUCAUGUUGCUAUGACCUUACUAAGAGGGUUUGCUGAUGAUUUGGAACUUAUGGAUUGGCUCGAUCAUUAUAUAUGUCCCGCCGAAAAACGGUUCUUGUCGAAAGAUUACAUAACGUUGGGCACCCAGAUGGGAGUUUACGAGAUGCUCAAAACGG